AUGGCUUUAUUAAUACUGAUCUGCAUUCCGUCUGCCGCUGCGUGGGCUGCUUGGGUCCUGUUCUGCGUGGUUGCGCUCUUGCUCUGCGGGGCGGCGACAGCCAUCUAUGUACUCACCGUGUGUGCCUGUUUGGCGAACUGCAUGUGUUCUUUCUUCAGGAAGCUUGUGGGCCUCUGCUGGCAACACCACGUAGCUCCAGAUGGAAGCGGGGAGUGGACUUUUCAGAAAGCGCCUGAGGGCAGACGGAUCUGCACAAUGGACUACCGCGUGUUUUGGGGGGGUCUUGUUGCGUGGGCUCUGCUGUGGGUGGCCCUCUGCAUCAAUUCUAUCAUCAGCCUAGACUUCCUUUGGACUAUGAUGGCAAUAGUGGGCGUGGUUCUGUCAGGCACCAACUUCCUCGCCUAUUACAAGUGCUCUCGAGCCCAAUCUCCAGCAGAUGCCGCCCUUACCAGUCUACACGCUGCCACUUGGCGUCAUGCUGUCCUUUCACGUUUGGGUCUUUCAUAG